AUGGAGUCAACGAUUUGCAUGAAUGAGCUUUGUCGUGGCGCGACGUCGUCGUCUGAGUGGAAGAGAGGAUGGAGCUUGAAAUCAGGUGGAUUUGCAAAGCUUUGCUACAACUGCGGAUCUGCUUAUGAAAAUGUUGCAUUCUGUGAAAUGUUCCACCUAGAUGAAUCCGGUUGGCGCAAAUGCAGAAUUUGUGGAAAGCAUAUUCACUGUGGGUGCAUCGCUUCGAAAUAUUUGUAUGAACACAUGGACUAUGGAGGCGUAGGAUGUGUAAGCUGUGUAAGUCGUUUGGGAAAUCAUGCCUUGAGAUCUGUACAGCCAAUUGGUGUUGAAAAUAGAGUGGAUGGUAGUAAUUCUGCAAAGGGAAAGCUUCUGAAAUUUAGCAAUGCAAUGGAGACUUGUGAAUCUGUGCAACACUUAGGAACUUUGGAUGAUGACAACAACAUUAAACAAGAAAAACGCAAACUGUCUGGUAGCCAAGUGGAGACGUGCUUGCCAAAUUUGAAUGUGUGUGAAUCUUUUGAUCAGCCAUCGAAUUUCUCGUUGAACACUCCUGUCAAUUGUUCAAGCUCGUUUAAUGGAGGAAGGGAACAGAACAUGGUUUCUCCACUUCAUCAAGGGCAGCAGAGUGUACACCAUAUGCUCCCCAAGCAACCCAAAGCUAGCCAAAACCAUGACUCGAAAUCGAAGGGAGGAACAAAAACACAAACCAAUAUUGUGAGGCCUCCUGCUGAAGGGCGUGGGGGGCGGGCUCGGUUACUGCCUCGAUACCAAUCUAAGAUUACGGAUCAAGAACUGCAGCAAAUAUCUGGAGACUUGAAAUCAACUGUUGUUCCACUGUUCGAUAAGGUUCUCACCGCAAGUGAUGCUGGUAGAAUUGGUCGCCUUGUCCUUCCCAAAGCGUGUGCUGAAGCAUACUUUCCUCCUAUCGAUCAGUCAGAAGGUCUACCAAUAAAGAUUCAGGAUUUAACGGGGAAAGAAUGGACAUUUCUGUUCAGAUUUUGGCUCAAUAACAAUAGCAGAAUGUAUGUUCUGGAGGGCGUUACCCCCUGUAUAAGGAGUCUGCAAUUACAAGCUGGCGAUACUGUUACAUUCAGUCGAAUUGAUCCCGGGGGAAAAUUAGUUAUGAGUUUCAGGAAGGGGACAAAUAACGGUGACACUCGGGGCUCUCAACAUUCAAACCUUCCCGGUGCUGGUGGCGUUUCUGAAAACCAUACAACCAAACGACUUCCCACAGCAUCUGUCGCCAACAAUGGUUGGAUGAUUCCCGGGUUGAAAACUGAUAAUUCCUCACAAAGUGAAAUUUUGGUUUCACAGAAGAAGACACAGAAUAUCGGGUCCAAAAGAAAGAGGUUUCUGAUGCAAGUGGAAGACGCAAUUGAACUGAGGAUCACAAUGGAAGAAGCACAGGACUUGUUCUGUCCUCCCCCAUCUCUUAAACCGACCAUUCUUACCAUUGAGGACAUUGAAUUUGAAGCGUAUAAUGAACCACCAGUUUUCGGGAAGGCAACAAUUUCUGUCCCGGAUGAGAUUAACCAAACACAACCGGCCACUUCUCUUAGAGUUACCAAAGGCUCAAAGAGGCAAAAAGUUACCAUAGAAAAAACCAAUGAUCACGAGCCUUCUGGCUUAGACGCCUUGAAUACAGAAGAUAACACCGGUGGCCUAGGAAAACAUUCAGUUGGCGCCACUACAAAACAUCCUCGGCAUCACCCUGGCUGUGCUUGCAUUGUCUGCAUUCAGCCUCCAAGUGGGACGGGAAAGCAUCAGCCCAAUUGUGACUGCACCAUCUGCUCGACUUUGAGGCGUAGGCUCAAUACAUUCAAUCAGCGUAAGAAGAAAAGGCAAUCAGACCAUGAAACAGAACUUGCAGUGGGAAAGGACAAGCUACCACCACCCCCAUCAGAAAGGGAUACUGCAAAUGAACCGGGGGCUAUACAUAUGAAUCAUUCAGAAAACGAUCGCGAUCUGAAUAGACAGCGUUAUCCUCCUAUGGAUGUUAGAUCCUGUCAGGGACAAUUGGAUCUCAACUGCCAUCCCAGUUGUGAAGAUGACUUGCAAGUGGAGGUAGAUCGAGGUUGAAUGAGCUUGAUAGCUUUUGAAUCGUGAUCAAUCCAAGGCAGAAUGGUGUAGCAAACCACCUGGCCUGACUAUAAACAUUAUGCAUGACAGAUAUGCUGAUCGAUAUCCAGCUACAGAAAAAGGGUGCAGAUUGAUGACGGGCAAUUUUUCCCAGAGGUUUGCCCAAGACAUUAUAUUGUUUUCUCUGGGAAUUAUAUAUUUUGCACAGGCACAGUAAUGGUGACACUAUGCAUAUAUACAGUCAAAAUGGGAAUUAUAUAUAUUUUGCACAGUAAUUAUAUAUUCUGCUGCUUAGUGUUUACAGGU